AUGCUCUACACCAUUCGCAACCUCGUGCUCUUUAGCGCUUGCGUCUCUGCUGCAUCCAUUGACCUCCAGCAGUCUGCCCAAGAGCAGCCGGAGCCAGAAGGUCAAGACUAUCUAGCCAGCCAGACAGCCUACGGCUUCUACCUCAUGGCCCACGUCAGUCGGGGACGCGAUACCCACCCUCCCGUUAAUGGACUCAUACUGCAAGGGUACCACGUCGGAGCUAGUAUCGACGCGGGCAUAUUCCACGCUACAGAUGCCCACAACCCGGGCAGAGUCUUCUAUAUCAAUGGCACGAACCGCCAGUACACUGCCAUCACAGAUGCCGGAAUGUUUCCCUACGGCCUGACCAUGCCACGGCCCGGGCGCCAGAACCAGGGUGGCGUCAAUCCGGUGAUGAUCCAGGCGGGCAGUGGCACGCCAGCCCAUGUGGCCCAGUAUGGUCCCGAUAUUCAGCUUGUGAACGAACUGGGGGUGGGCACGUAUUUGGCCUGUGAUCGGCCGUCGGCAUAUUACAGAAGAAACCUGCUCCAGCUAGAGUAUUCCUACUCCGACUGCCGGAAGAAGGCCACUGGCAACAAAGGCGGAAAGCUCGGUGACGAGGUGGCGUCUGAGGUAGCUGAAGCCGAAGACUGCUCCAAACCAGUCGUGCCCAGCGGAUGUGCAGCCAUCGUUCUGGUUCCACACUGCACCGCCUUGCCGCCCAUGCAUCCAGGGCCCGGGAAUUAUAUCAACCACAAGUACGCUCGGAGGGUUCCAUGCAUGUGA